CGUACGCAGACCGCGUUGCGCUUUUCUGGCGAGAGAAGAGGGAAAGACAGCGUCGUGCUUUUGCGCAUCGUCUGGGGAGGGGAGAGGGAUAGAGUCAGAGAGAGAACCGAUCUAGCAAUCUCUCCUUUUCUCUUCCUAUUUUUGAAGUACAUUUUGAUUGGUUCGGAAAUUCUCUGUAAAAUCACGUUAGAUUGGGUUUCAGAUCCUUCUACUGCUGAUAUUUAGAGGUGGCCUGAUUGGAAAGGCUUGGUUAUAAACAGCGGAGGACUGAUUGUCAAAAACCAGUUUCAUGACAGUGUGAUCGUGUCGGACAAUGAUCGACUGAUAUUUUUGUCGUUGAUGCUGUUUCCUUAACAAAAUUGCUUGUCCUUUAUAAUGUGGAAUUUUGCUGCAAAUCCAUUGGCAAAUAUUAGAGUGAAAGGAAACUCUAGAGAGACAAGCCAAACUUGUUCAGACUGCUCAGAUGAUGAGGUCUUCUCUAAUGCCAGCAAAGAUGAAGGGUUGGAAUGCCCCAUAUGCUGGGAAUCUUUCAACAUAGUUGAGAAUGUGCCUUAUGUCUUGUGGUGUGGACACACUCUCUGCAAGAAUUGCAUUCUGGGACUUCAAUGGGCUGCUUUGAAACUUCUCACCCAACAAAUCAAGAUCCCACUUUUCGUUUCUUGCCCAUGGUGCCAACUAUUAUCAUUCCGAUUGGUUUAUAAUGGAAAUCUGAAGUUUCCUUGUAAGAAUUUUUUCCUCCUUUGGAUGGUUGAGAGCCGGAAUGGUGAUAGAUAUAAGCUUGUUUCUUCCAAUGUGAAUAGCCAACCAAUAUGUCCUCCCUUGAACAACUUUCUUCAGGGAAAUCAUGCUUCUAAUUGUAACCUUAGGAGACGCUCAAUUAAUCUUGGUUCUGGGCAAAGGGAGUCUGAUGGCAAUGAUGGUAGUAGGGAUGGAACUAGACGCCUUUUUUCCCUUUAUAAAUCUCUGGAUUUCUUCAUUCAUAUUAUGUCCAAAUUCCCAUUGGUCGCCAUUUUUCUUGUGAUCGCCUUUUUUGCAGUUCCAUUUAGUGCUGUUAGUUUAUCUGUUUACUUGUUACUCACCAUAGUUUUUGCUGUCCCUUCUUUCCUGGUAUUGUACUUUGCAUACCCUACUCUGGAGAGGUUGGUCAAAGAAAUAAUUUCUUGAGAUAUGGCUUGACUUU